AUGUCUCUGACUCACCCUUUUAUGUACUCCUGGGCCGGCGUGCACUCCAUACCAGGCCUCUACGCUUUCACAGUGAUAUAUGGCUUCUUUGCCGCCGGCGUGCAAUCCUUCUUCCCGGCGGUGGUCACCCGUCUCACCCAUGACCAGACCCGUAUCGGAACAGGGAUGGGCAUGGUGUUUGCUAUCGUGGGCGUUGCCUCUUUGGUUGGGUUGCCGUUGUCUGGGGCGCUGGUCAGUGCCCGGCCUGGUGGAGGGUUUUUGGAUGCCCAGAUGGCUGCAGGGACGUUUUUGGCGGUUGGCGCUGUGUUUAUGGGUCUGACGAGGGCGGCCAAGACGGGGCCAGUGUGGUUUGUGAAGGCUUAG